AUGGGGAUGUGCGCUCCAGGCGCUGCACCCGGUGCUUGCUCAUCCUGUAUCAACGACGCAACCGGAAAUUUGCUACAGGUCUGUCUGAACCAGACCAACGCAUUCAUAUGGUUCGGUGAAGAGAUCCAUUGCCUUGUUCGCUACUCUAACCGAUCCUUCUCCGGUUUACUCGUCUUGGAGCCGUAUCGAGUGCUUUUCAAUUACAUGGACAUAGAAAAAUCUCCGGAGGAAUUUGAUAGUGUGUGGGACAGGUUAAUGUCUCGUAUGGUCACAAGAGCUUCUUCCUCGGUGAGAAACAAUUCUUCUACUUCUUCUUCUUUGUCAUCUCCUAGUAGAUACUAUGCCAAGGAUGUAUCUCCGGUGCCGGUUUAUGGGACAUAUCGGUGUUGA